GCGCCUGGGGGACUCGGUCACGUGCUUGCAGCCAGGUGCGCGUGGAGCUUUCUUUGCUCUUGUGUCCCAUUGCGUGGUCUGUCACUUUCCACCUGUCCCUUCCAGACAUGGCGGGUUACCUGAGAGCUUGGAGCCCCGCGUGGAGGAGGCUGGCCGCUCCACAUGCGUCCGUCCCAGCGGCGCUUUCACCAGCCGCUCUCUGCCUUCACAGAGCGCAGCAGAGAGACUAUUCAACAAAGCGCAUCAAAGUGGACAAGCCGGUUGUGGAGAUGGAUGGGGAUGAGAUGACGCGUAUCAUAUGGGAGUUCAUAAAAGAGAAGCUCAUCUUACCAAACGUGGAAGUGGAGCUGAAAUAUUUUGACCUGGGUCUGCCCUAUCGAGAACAGACAGACGACCAGGUCACCAUCGAUUCAGCCCUGGCUACUAAGAAAUACAACGUGGCUGUAAAGUGUGCAACAAUCACUCCUGAUGAGGCCAGAGUUGAAGAGUUUAAGCUUAAGAAGAUGUGGAAGAGCCCCAAUGGAACCAUCAGGAACAUCUUGGGCGGCACAGUUUUCCGCGAGCCCAUCCUGUGUAAAAACAUUCCCCGUCUGGUUCCUGGUUGGACGCAGCCCAUCACCAUCGGCAGGCAUGCCUUUGGAGAUCAGUACAGGGCCACGGACUUUGUUGUGGACAAACCUGGGAAGUUUAAGUUGGUAUUCGCUCCAACAGAUGGAAGCAAGCAGAAGGUGUGGGAGGUCUACGACUUCCAGGCUGGAGGCUGUGGGAUGGGAAUGUACAACACUGAUGAGUCCAUCAGCGGCUUUGCUCACAGCUGCUUCCAGUAUGCCAUCCAGAAGAGGUGGCCUCUGUACAUGAGCACCAAGAACACAAUCCUCAAGGCUUACGACGGUCGCUUCAAAGACAUCUUUGAGGAAAUAUUUGAAAAGACAUAUAAGCCCGAGUUUGACAAGCUGAAGAUCUGGUAUGAGCACCGACUUAUUGAUGACAUGGUGGCCCAAGUUCUGAAAUCUAGCGGAGGAUUUGUUUGGGCCUGCAAAAAUUACGAUGGAGAUGUGCAGUCGGACAUUCUGGCUCAGGGCUUUGGAUCCCUGGGUCUCAUGACGUCGGUACUGGUGUGUCCGGAUGGCAGGACUAUUGAAGCCGAAGCUGCUCAUGGUACCGUCACCAGGCACUACAGAGAACACCAAAUAGGCAAACCAACCAGCACCAAUCCCAUAGCUAGUAUCUUUGCCUGGACCAGAGGGCUGGAACACAGAGGAAAACUGGAUGGAAACUCAGAUUUAAUAAAGUUCUGUCAGACGUUAGAAAAAGUGUGCGUGGAAACGGUGGAGAGCGGGCUGAUGACCAAAGACCUGGCAGGCUGCAUCCACGGCUUGUCUAAGGUUAAACUGAAUCAACAUUAUGUCAACACGACUGACUUCCUGGAUGCCAUUAAGAACAAUUUGGACAAAGCUCUUGGAAAAUAGACUCCAUCAUAUUUACAAGAAUUAAAAACAUUUUUACUUUAGUACUGAAUGAAUCUUUGUAUAUAGAUGGAUUGUGAAUAUUUGAUAAAGAAGCGAUUGUGCCUUUAUUUGCCCAUGUUCUUUCAGCUUUAAAUGUUUGCAUAAAGCCGAUGAGGCUACAGUACAAAUUAAGUUCAAUCGAACUUAUCAGCACUUUUGUCAGUUUAAGUUUACCUUGCUUUAUAGCAAGAGAAUCCUUUUGGAUAUAUUCGAACUAUGUUGGCAGUAAAUCAAAAUCAAGUAUUGUUCUCUUUUUCUGUUAUUCGAUGUAAUGGAAAGCAAAAAUCAUGACAUGUUAUUGUGGCAGCUGGUGAAACUGACACAGGCAAAAAGUGGCCAUUUUGUCCACUGUCCUCAAAGAAACUAGAUAAAUGGUUAAGUGUAAGUAAAAAAAAAAAAUAA